ACUUGUCAAAAUGAGUAUAGAUUCUUGUUACCAAGGUAUAAUAGAAAAGUUAACUUUACAAGGCAAAGUAAAAGAAAUAUCUGAGAAACUGUUAACUUGUAAAACAAAUGCAGACAGAGUUCUGCAACUUUAUGAUGUUAUUAGUGAUUUAAAUGCCUUCCCAGAACCACUUGAGGUAAGUAAGUCAACUGAUUUGUCUUUAUACUACCGUAACCGUGGCAACGAGUGUUUCAAGAAAUCUCAGGACUUUGAGGCCUGGCAAUACUACAACUUGUCCUUGCUCCAUGCUCCUACAAGCUCAGAUGAUUAUGCAUUAGCUUUGUCGAACAGAUCAGCUGUGUUUUUCUCUUUAAAAAAGUAUAAGGAAUGCCUAAAAGAUAUUAAAACAGUACUAACUUUAAAUUACCCAGAAAAGUUAUAUGAGAAGCUUGUUAAAAGACAAAAGUCGUGUGAAGAGUGCCUUAAAUUGGAUCUGAAUAACUUGAAAAGUUCAAUUUCUGAAAGAUCUCAAGAAAUUGAUGAAAUAACAAAAUUAAAAAGUCCAAGAGAUAGCACCUAUUUGUGUGCUAGUAACAAACUCCAAGUGGCAUACAGUUCGGAGAUGGGGAGACAUGUCAUUGCCAAAGAGGAUAUUAAAGUUGGGGAAGUAUUAGUCGAAGAAAAUCCAUAUUUCAUUUUAUUGCAAAAAAAUGAAUAUUUAUUCAGUUGCAGCUAUUGUUUGUCAAGAGACAUGAAUCUUAUUCCUUGUGAUAAUUGUUGUUUCACUUUAUUCUGUAACGAAGAAUGUAAAAAUAGAGCAGAGAAGGACUAUCACUCUAUUGAAUGUCCAUUAAUGGCUGCUCUUAUUGAUCUGCAAUUCACUAAAUUGGAAUUGCUUGCAUUGAGAACCACUAUAAAAGCCCGCAAUGACCAUCCGGACUGGGAAAGUCUGUUCAAGACAAUUGAAGAUGCCGAAUCAAAAUUAAAUUCAGAAAAUAGAGGUUGCGUUUUAAAAGAUAAUAGGUGGAUUUAUGAUUCAAAAUAUUAUGCAUCUAUUCAUACAUUAGCUACAAAUAUUGAGAGGCGAUCCAAUUCUGAUGUGUUUCUAAAAGCUGUAACUGCCGCGGUAUUUUUGAAAUUUUUGUCGGACAGAACACUUUUUCUCAAUAAUAAUGAGAAAGUCCGUAGAUGCGUAUCUGAUUUGUUACUGCUACAUAUUAUGACAAGUGCUACAAAUAUGCACGGAUUGAGUUUGAAUGUUGAGAAUGCGGAGGGCAAUUUUGUUGAAGAGUUGAGUAUAGCGAGUGCUCCAUAUGCCUUCCACAGUCUUCUUAACCAUUCUUGUGCUCCUAAUGUGGUACGGUUCAGUAAACUGGGCUCUGGGAAGAUGACUUUGGUUGCUCUCCGGCCAAUCAAGAAGGGGACACAAAUUUUUGAUAACUAUGGUUCUCACCACGCUCUCCAAGAUCUGAAGACGCGACAAGCGGAUCUAAGAUUCCAAUACAAAUUCAUAUGCGUUUGCGAGGCGUGUGUCAAUAAUUGGCCGACUUACCUAACUAUGAAAAUGUCGUGUAAGACAAAAGUCCCAGUAAACCUCGUCGUACGCAAGGAACAACUUUUAAAUCUCGCUAUUAUAGAUAAACUACAGAAAGGAGAUAUAGAUACGGCAGUAAAUAUUUUUAAACCUCUCUGCGAGUUGACUGAGGUGUUGGACGCCUUUGCCCCUAACGUAGAACUGGCAGAUUGCCAAGAAACGCUUAAACAGUGCCUUGCUAUCUUUGGGGGACUAGUGCCUUAUGGAUAUAGUAGACUCAUUGAAUGGGACGCUAAAUAUAAGAAGAGUUGUGUUAACCAGUUUUUGAAGGGCACAUAUUUUUAAGCUAGUAUUAAAAGGGUAGGUCUGUAUAUUGGCGUACUUCGUGUUUCUGCUGUAUUUACAAUAUACUGAACAUUGGUGAGAAAAGUUGUGCCAUAAGUCAGUAAGCAAUCAAAGUGAUAAAUUAUUUGCGUGGUAACAUGUACCUAUACCUAAGUAUUUUUAUAAACUUAUAUAGUAGAAAGUAAGAAAAAGAAAAUGCGUUUGAUAUUAUAAAUAAUAUUUUAUUGUUGUUUAGUAAACUGUUGUUGAGGAUGUGUUUGUAAAUAAACAUAACUUUAGAUACAGUUGUUAAAUACUACGAGGAUAUUGCAUAACAGCCGUAAUAGCUAUAUACCCAUUGAAAUAUAACAUCUCAGGACGGGCCUUACGGGCACUAAAAAUGGUACUAGUUCAGCGGUGUCACGAAUUCGAGCCAAUCGUGUAGUCUAACGCAACUAGUUGCGACCAAUCGCGCACGUGAUGCGAACUCAUCAACCAAUCGCGUUGUAGCGGUGUGACACCGCUGUACUGGCCCCAUUCGUGUACUGGCCACUCCAGUCCUGAGUAAAAACACCAGAGUUAUUUUAGUGCCUACUAAAAUCUAUAACUAU